UUCAUUCAUUAAUUUGUCAAAAGUUCAGUCGAUAUUUUGUUGCGUUAAAAAUAAAUAAAAAUACGAUAAGUUACACUUCCAUUAUCGGAAUAGAAUAAUUACAAAGCACAAUCUAUAGAACUAUGUUUAAUAAAUCAUCAUUUAAUAAAGUAAAAUUUCAAGACCAUCAAUUAGACGACUAUGUUCUCGAGAAUUCAGUCUUGAAAAGUAAGUUGCAGAGUAAAAUCGACGCUUUAUCGAUUAUGAGCAGGGAGUUAGACAAAUGUAGCAUGGAAAGGGACAGGUUUAAAGUAUUAGUAGAACAAUUGAUGUGCAAGAAAACAGUUCCUAUGAAAUCUAGUCCAAAUUCUAACAAUAUAGCCUAUAGACUUACACCUACUAACACUAUCAGUGGCGGUGAGAUGCUUGCUAAAACACAGGACCAUAACAAUAUGCUGAAAUUAGAGGUGGAGGCUCUCAGAAGUAAAUUAGAUGAAGCAACAGGAGACAUCAUAGCAUUGAAGAAACAGUUGCAGAAAAGAGAAAGUCUCAGUGAAGAAGUUAAUGGCAACAGAAAGUCUUCAACUAUAUUCAGCUAUUCCCAGAAUGAUUAUGAGCAGCUUGUAAAUGAACUAGAGAAGAACCAGAAAAAGUACCAACAAAUUCAGUUAGACUAUCGAGCUACACUAGAUGAAAAAGAAGAAUUAGUUUCUGAUAGAGAUUACUAUAAGAAUAAAGUACAAAGAUUGAGCCAUCAGAUUAGUUAUAUUCUGUCCAACAGAGCUAAAAUUCAAGAUACUAAUGAAAUUGAUCCACCAAAGCCCAUAGUGGAUAUUGAUGCAUUAGUUACUGAAAAUAAAUAUCUCCAUGAAAGAAUAACACAACUCCAAGUGGAAAAAGAGAUUGUAAAACGUACAUUGACUAAGUACAAGACAUUACUUGAUAACAGAAAUAAAAACUACUCUGUUCAUAUGAAAAAAGGCUUUGCAGAUGUAAUGACACAAAAACAAGUGAGAGAAUUUCUAGACAACAUUACUUCUAAAACUGGAUUAAAGCAAGGUUCUACAACUGAACUGAGAUCCCUUUGUCUUGGCCUAUUUGAAGCACUUAAUGAUAAAUCAAUUGCCCUACAACAUCAAAGGAAAACUAACCAAAUUCUAGCUAACAGAAUAACUGAACUUGAGAAAACUUUAGAAAGCUGGUGCAAUGGUCAGAAGUACAUUCCAAUAUUUCCAUCACAAAUGUUGUUAGACGAGUUUCUGACAGACACAGGUUCUGAUAAAUCCAAUGACUCAAAGGAACACCCAUUGAAGUCCCAUGAAAGUUCUGACAAUAACAGAAGCAAGUAUUCAGACAGUGAUGAUGAUAUGAACAAAGAAAACAGUGAUGGAUCAUCCGGUGAUCUAGGGAAAGCUUAUGAUGAUGAUGAAGAUGAUGAGUGCCAACUAAAUAGCAGUGAACAUAGGAACAUGUCCAAGACGGUUUUGCCCCAAAACUUACAAGAUUUAGUGAAGGAAGCUCUUGCUGAACUAAAGCCGUCAGAGUGAACCAGAAGAAAUGUUCACAACCCCACAAUGCCUGUUUAAGAGUACAAUGUUCAGAGAAAUAUUAUUUAUUAAGUUUCGUAUUAGUCGUUAUUAUAGUCACUACCAAAGAAUAAUUCCUUAAAAGAUUCUAGUCUGUUCAAGCAAUUAUCUAGUCUAUGUUACUAUUGAUGUAUGUUUAAUUUAUUGUUAUUGCAAUUUUAUGUCGAAUUAUAAUAUAUGUAUACAAAUA